UUAUUUUAUGGUUUUAAUAGUAUAAAUAUGUAUUGGAUGAGUUCUUUCAUUUAUAUGUGGAUAUUUUUUUUCAAUUUAAUGUCAAAGGUUGCUUCAUGAUUUUUUUUAUGGAUGUGGAUGAUUUAUUUCAUUUAAUGGUUUGAUUAAAGAUUGGUUUAAUGGUUUGCAUCUUAUAAAUAUGUAUGUGGAUGGCUUUUUUCGUUUUAAUGUCAAAGAUUGUUUUCAUUUAAUGGUUUGAUUAAAUAUUACUUUAUGGCUUGCAUCUUAUAAAUAUCUAUGUGGAUGAUUUCUUUUGUUUUAAUGUCAAAUAUUGCUUUAUGGAUGUGGGUGGCUUCGUUCAGAUAAUGGUUUGAUUGAAGAUUGAUUUAUGGUUAUAGAUGCUUUCUUCCAUUUCUAGUUAUGGAUCCCCAACAGCGUCGGUUGGUGGUAAUAUUAUGUGCUGCAUAUACAAUGCAUAUUUAUAUAUCACCACGCAAACGAAGAGAAGGUAUGUUCAUACUUCAAUUUUUAUUGGGGCCAAUUAUGUCCAAUACUUGCUGUCAGGACACCCUCGUAAGUGCUUCGACAAGUUAUGAAUGGAAAGAUGUGUUUUUAUCAGUCUAUGUAAUUUGUUAAAUGAGAGGACAAGCAUUACAGGUACAAGAUAUUUGGCAGUUGAUGAACAAGUAGCUAUAUUUUAAGCAUUUUCACGCACGAUUAGCGGAAUAUGGUGGUUUAGGAAUGGUUUCAACAUUCAGGGCAAACCAUAAGGAUUGUGUCGGAGCUAUUGACGAGACUCGUGCUCGAGUUUGUAAUCGAUUGCAUAAUCGUUUUUUAAACAGAAAUUUUUUUUUAAGUCAGAAUGUUAUGAUUGCGGUUGGUUUCAAUAUGCGCUUCCUUUAUGUACUUGCAAGUUGGGAAGGAUCUGCAUCAGAUUCUAAAGUCCUAUAUGACGCAAUUAGUAAUGAACACAAUAGGCUUGCAAUGCUUGAGGGAAAAUAUUAUCUUGUAGAUGGUGGGUAUCCUACUAUGCGUGGUUUCAUAGGACCAUAUCGAAGAGUCUGUUACCAUCUAAACGAAUUUACUUCAAGCCCACGAGCUCUUCAAAAUCACAAGGUUGGUGUAGUUAUUGCAUGUGCAAUAUUGUAUAGCUACAUCAUGAUGACAUGGGGAGCCGAUAGCAUAAGAGAGCUGUAUUUUCGAAGGAGGGUUAAGAGUCAACUCUUAAUUGACUGAGAUGAUGGUUUUCGCAACUGACUUAGAGGCAUACUGAUCAUGACGUUGACAUGAGUUUGCGAGAUGUCAUGGCGACGCAGUUGUAGGAGGCGUACCUAAGUUGUUAGAACUUGUAAUUAAACCUUGGUCUACAUUCAUAUGGACAUUA